CGUGCCCCCACCCCGACUCCGCAUGUCUGCGUCUGUUUUCUCCCUUUCUGGCCCCGUCUUCCCCAGUCACCCCGACCGACUCUGGCCACCAACCUCCGGGCCAAAGGGGGGUGUAUAUAGGAACGCGUUGCGGAGUCCCGCCCCGUCCCCGAGGGGAGGGGGCUUGUACAUAAUGUAACAUACAGAGUAUAGUGAAUAAUCUAUUUAAGGCGCCGCAGGGAGGCCUGCACGGCCGGGCUUGUGGCUCCAGGCGCGGCGGGUGCCUCCUGCCGGCUCCACAAGCACUUUCUACUUGUGCAUGGGCUUGGUUUCUACGAAUUGCCAUUAAACAUCGCUGCACCAGCCAGCCUCCGGCCUCUGUCUGCGGGGGGCGGGGCCUCGGCCGGCGGGAGGCUGCGGGCGCGCUGGGCAGGGAUCUAAGCCGCGCCGGGGCGGGUGCGUGGUUUACCGCCUCCGACGUGUUUCCGGCCUUAAAGGCAUUUUGCCCUUCCCUUUAAGACGCGCCGCCCCCCUCUCAGUCACUCCCAAGAUGGCGGACCUACUGGGCUCCAUCCUGAGCUCCAUGGAGAAGCCACCCAGCCUCGGUGACCAGGAGACUCGGCGCAAGGCCCGAGAGCAGGCAGCCCGCCUGAAGAAACUACAGGAGCAAGAGAAACAGCAGAAAGUGGAGUUUCGUAAAAGGAUGGAGAAAGAGGUGUCAGAUUUCAUCCAAGACAGUGCGCAGAUCAAGAAAAAGUUUCAGCCGAUGAACAAGAUAGAGAGGAGCAUACUACACGAUGUGGUGGAAGUGGCUGGCCUGACAUCCUUCUCCUUUGGGGAAGAUGACGAAUGUCGCUAUGUCAUGAUCUUCAAAAAGGAGUUUGCACCCUCCGAUGAAGAGCUGGACUCCUACCGUCGUGGCGAGGAGUGGGACCCCCAGAAGGCUGAGGAGAAACGGAGGCUGAAGGAGCUGGCCCAGCGGCAGGAGGAGGAGGCAGCCCGGCAGGGACCUGUGGUGGUGAGCCCUGCCAGCGACUACAAGGACAAGUACAGCCACCUCAUUGGGAAGGGGGCAGCCAAGGAUGCGGCCCACAUGCUGCAGGCCAACAAGACCUACGGUUGUGUGCCUGUGGCCAACAAGAGGGACACACGCUCCAUUGAAGAGGCCAUGAAUGAGAUCCGGGCCAAGAAGCGUCUGCGGCAGAGCGGGGAAGAGUUGCCACCUACCUCCUAGACACCCCAGCUCCCUGGGGCAGGGCAGAGGGCAGGGAGGGACGAGGCUGCUGCUAUUAGAACCCAUCCUGGAGCCCCACCUCUGAAGCACCUCCUAACAGCUGUCACUCAGGCUGGGGGAAGCAGGUGUUUGAUUUGUCACUGUUGGAGAGAGAGAGAGAGAGAGAGAGAGAGAGAGAGAGAGAGAGAGAGAGAGAGAGAGAGAGAGAGAGAGAGAGAGAGAGAGAGAGAGAGAGAGAGAGAGAGUGUGUGUGUGUGUGUGUGUGUGUGUGUGUGUGUGUGUGUGUGUGUGUGUGUGUGUGUGUGUGUGUGUGUGUGUGUGUGAGUGAAUGUACAGGUGGGUAUUUAAUCUGUAUUAUUCUCUGUUCUCCCUGGAAUUUUCUUCCCCAUGGGGCUGGGGUUACUUUACAUUCAGUAAACACUGUUUGACCCAA